GUCAUUUCCAGACCCAAUGUCCUACUGAAGCCCCGGCUGCCACCAGUGGGGCAGCACCCCUGUUUCUCCCCACAGACGGAUGGGUUCUGCUGGUUUUUGUGCAGCCCGGGGUGCAGGGCGCAGCUCACGGCCCAUGCUGGGCUCCGGGUGCACUGUGCUCUGCUCGGCCCAGCCCCUCGCUGCUUCAGCCCCAGCUCAGCUCUGCUGCAUCCAUCGCAGGAGCGGUGGUUUUACCCCCACAAAAACAUGCACACCUCCACCCGUGUGCACACACGGCCACGUGGAGCCAGGGACACACACGCACACACAACCACGGCUGCACGUAGACAUCCGUGCACACAUAAAGGGGCGUGCAGGCGUGCACGGGCACAGCAACACACGCAGAUGCACGCACAGUCACAUGCAAACAGGUCACAGGAUGUCCCCAGAUGGAAAGGACCCAUGAGGAUGGCUGAGCCCGACCCCUGGCUGCACACGGGACGUGCACAAAGUCAGCAAAACACGUGCAUGACAACACACACACAUGCACGCACAUUUGCACACGUAUACAUACAAACAUCCAUGUGCACACACGCACAUAAGCAAUACAAACCUGCAGCACGAGUGCACAUGCAUGCACCAAUGCAAAGGCACGCACACGCAUGCAUGCAUGCAAUACACUCAUGUGCACCGAUUCACAUGCACACAGACAAACAACACAAAACACGCAGUACAACAUGCAUGCACACGCAUGUCCGUGCCAUUACAAGGGCACACAGGCGUGGGCACACAGGCGUGCACACACAUGCAAACACACAUGCACACACGCCAGAACGGACACACGGACAUCCCAAUGCCCACAGGCACGGCCACAUAAAUGCACACGCGUGCACGUGCAGACAGAGGCACACGUGUGCACUUACACACAUGCACACCCAUGGACGCACGCACACCUGCACCGACAUCCACCCUUACGCCAACCCGGACAUCCGGGCAUCCCCGUGACCACACAGGGCCACUCAGAGGCACACACGGGUGCGUGUGCACGCACGCACCAGCACACGGGCUCGCACAGCGACGCGUGCAUGUGCCACGGGCCGUGCACACGCGUGUGAGCGCAUCGAGGAGCCGGCAGCGCGGAGCUGAGCCCGGCUCCGUCCCUUCGCCCCCCCCGCGGGGUUCGACGGAGCCCUCCGGAGCUCCCCCCAGCCGCGGCCCGCCCCGGCAGAGCCCCCCCAGGGCCCCGCAGCCCUCCGCGUCCCCACGCCGCGGCCCGGAGCUCGGCAGCGCCGCGGGGCCGCCCCCGUCCUCCUUCCGGCCCCGCCAUGGCGCGGGCGCUGCAGGCGCUGGGCGAGCAGCUGCAGGCCGAGGCCACCUGCCCGCUGUGCCUGGAGCUCUUCUCUCAGCCCGUGCUCACCGCCUGCGGCCACAGCCUCUGCUCGCCCUGCGCCCAGGUCCUGCUGGGUUCCCCGCCUCGCCCCGCCGCCUGCCCGCAAUGCCGCGCCACCGUGGAGCCCGACUCGCUGCGGCCUAACUUCCCGCUGGGCGCCGUGGCGGAGCUGGCGGCCGCCCUGGAGGAGGCCGUGGGGGAUGAAGCGAAGCGGCCGCGCUGCUCCGAGCACGGCGAGGCCUUGGAGCUCUUCUGCCAGCGCUGCCUUCAGAUGCUGUGCCCGCAGUGCCGGGAGGAGGGCCCGCACUGCGGGCACCGCACCAGGCCGGCCGAGGAGGCUGCGAGGGCACUGAGGGGAGUACUCCAGAGCGAAACGACAUCUCUAGAGAAAGAGAAGGAAGAGUUGAAUCUUGAAGGAGAAACCAGAAGUAAUGUGCUGAUGGGGACGGUGGCCUCGGAGCAGCAGAGGCUGCGUGCCGCCUUCGAGCAGCUGCAGCAGUUCCUGCGGGAGCAGGAGGGCACUCUGCUGGCCCAGCUCGAUGGGGCACACGCGAAGCUCGCCGAGGAGCACCAGGAGUACAUCUGCCAGGUUUCAGAGAGGAGAAUGCUGCUGGAGGCGCUGGUUGCUGAGACCCAGAAGAAACAUGACCAGCCGGCGGUUCAAUUCCUGAUGGAUAUUGCUGAUAUUCUGGACAGGUGCAGCGCGGCACGAGUCCCCAUCCCGGAGCCGGUCUCCCCGGAGCUGCAGAGAACAGUCAGCGGUCUGUGCAAGACGAGCGAGCAGGUCCUGGCUGUGCUGGGUGACUUCAGAGCGAACCUGCUGAGCAAGUUGGACACAGAAAGAGUGAACGUGAUGCUGGACCUUGAGACAGCAAGCCCAUACCUGACCAUCUCAAGUGACUGCAGAACCCUGCAGAUAGCAGAAGGACAGCAAAACCUCCCCGACACCCCCAAGAGGUUCACGGGCAGUGCCAGCGUGCUGGGAUCUCAGGGCUUCACAGCUGGGAGGCACUACUGGGAGCUGGAGGUCGGGGAUGGGAACAACUGGGCCGUGGGGGUGGCCCUGGAGUCCGUGGAGAGGAAGGAGUCACUCAUGAUGGCCAUGGGGAAGAUCUGGGCCCUGCGGAUGGACUGGGACCGCAGCUACACGGCACUGACCAUGCCACCUGCCCCGCUGAGCCUGCAGGAAGAGCCCCGGCGCAUCAGGGUCCACCUGGACUACGAGGCCGGGCAAGUGACCUUCUACAACACUGACAACAUGCGACAGAUCCUGCAGUUCAAGGUCUCCUUCAGCGAGAAGGUCUUCCCGUUCUUCUGGCUUUGGGUGCCAGGAACCUACAUCAAGCUGUGUUCCUGAUGGAGUCGGUCACCUCCUGGUCCCCUGCCCGUGCCCUGGGCUAAUGAGGAUGGGGAUGGCACAGCAUAGCUGCAAACUCACUGCACCUCUGCCCUGGACGUUGCUGCAUCUCCUCCUGCUGAGUCCUUUGGAGCAUUAAAGAUCAUAGAAUUAUAGGA